ACUACACAUAAACGUCAUCAGAACGCGCCUUCGAUGUGAAGGACCUUUUAGCGAGAAAGUAAUGCACGUGAGCGCGUCGUUUGGAGGUUUAAGAAGAUGUAAACUAUUGCCGGUCGUCUCUACUCAAGCGGAAGACACCAUUCACAAAGUACAAUAUCGCACAUUUUCCUUUCAAAACAUUUCCCGGGCUUUGCUUUGUCAUUUUCGUAGCUCGACGAUGGAGCAGGCAGCCACCAAUCCUGCCGGAUCCGCAGAGGUAAACAGCCCGGUGUCCGCGGAGGAAACGAAUACGACAGAGGCAGCAGAAAGUGGGAAACGCAAAAGCGACGAGACAGACCAACCGGAGUCUAGGAACCGAGGGAAGAGGCGACGAGGAGCGGGAGGGAAGAAGCUCCGUCCGGGUGAGAGAUACAUCCCACCACCACAGAAGCGGAACCCGGGGGUCAGCUUCAGCCGGGAGCAUUUCGACGAAACCUCAUAUUACUUUGAAGGUGGCCUGCGCAAAGUUCGUCCGUACUACUUUGACUUCAAAACGUACUGCAAAGGUCGGUGGAUUGGAAAAAGCCUCCAGGAUGUGUUCAAGAGUGAGUUCAGAGCGGAGUCCAUUGAGUAUUACCAAAAGGCCUGCAAAGAGGGUCGCAUCCGGCUGAACGAGACACCUGUGGAAGACCUGUCUGUGGUACUCAGGAAUAAUGACCAUAUGAGGAAUACUGUGCACCGCCACGAGCCCCCCGUCGUUGGCACACCUCUAAGAGUCCUUGUGGAUGACGGUGAAGUACUGGUGGUCGACAAGCCCGCCUCCAUCCCCGUCCACCCUUGCGGCCGUUUCCGCCACAACACCGUCAUUUUUAUUCUCGGGAAAGAACGGGGCAUCUCCGAGCUGCACACUGUCCACCGGCUCGACAGGCUCACCUCUGGGGUGCUGCUGUUCGCCAGGACACUGGAGAUGUCACAGAGGCUGGACCAGCUGGUGCGAAACAGAGAGCUUGAAAAGGAGUAUGUGUGUCGGGUAGAUGGGGAGUUCCCAGAGGGUGAGCUGGUCUGUGAGGAGCCCAUCCUGGUCGUUUCAUUUAAAAUCGGUGUUUGCCGCGUCGACCCGACAGGUAAGGAGUGCAGAACUGUAUUCCAGAGGCUCAACUAUAACGGGAAAACCAGCGUGGUGCGCUGUUUACCCCUGACUGGCCGCACACACCAGAUCAGGGUUCACCUCCAGUACCUGGGCUUUCCUAUCCUCAAUGAUCCAAUCUAUGGGUCCUCAGCCUGGGGUCCUCACAGGGGUAAGGGGGGAGUGGUGGGGAGGAGUAACGAAGAGCUACUUCAGGCUCUCGUGGAGGAACAUCGCUCUCAGGAGAGUCUUCACCUCUUGGAUAUACCAGAUGACGGGAUUUUGAUUGCGCAAGAGGUUGGGAAAAACGAGACGCCUAAGAACGUAGAUAAAUUAGAUGGAACCUCUGAGCCUAAGAAGGAGAAUUCUCAGAUACAGGUUGAUAGCAGUGAAACAGUUAAUGACCUUACGCCGGGCUGCACAGACCUAAACACUAAGAACACCUCGCUGCAACCGCCACCAAGCAAUUCAAAUGGAAAUCAGAGAGAAGCCGCUGAGUUGACUCACAAAGACCCUCCAGGGACCAGAGACCUGCUUUGCAGUGAAUGUAAGCUAGUCCGACCAGAUCCUACAGAGAGGGAGCUCAUCAUGUAUCUCCAUGCCUUACGCUACAAAGGACCUGAUUUUGAAUAUUCAACGCCUCUACCUGACUGGGCAAAAGAGGACUGGGUGGAAGCUGACUUCAACUGACUGACGAAUUUCCGUCGCUACAUUGUAAAAAUGUAGAAGUAUCCUUUUAAAACGUGGGAAGAUUUAUUUUUGGGCAUUUUGUGCCUUUAAUGGAGAGACAGGACAGUGGAUGGAGGUGGAAAUCAGGGAGAGAGAGUAGGGAAUGAUAUGCGGGAAAGGAAACAAAGGCUGGAUUCGAACCUGGGUCGCCCACUUGGAGGACCAUAGCCUCCAUACAUGGGGCACGCACUAACCACCAGCGCCCAGUGGGAAGCAUUUUUAUUGAUAUUUUUUCAGUGACUUCUCUGAAGGGAACAUCAAGGCUUCACUUUUUAGUUAAUUGUGUACUUUAUCAACUAGGAUAAAGUGAGGAGUAAGUUUUCUUAGCUCCAGGCUCCCUUAAAUAUGAAUUAAAGGAGUUGUAUUUGUUUUAAUUUCAGGGCUCUUUUAUUGUGAAAAGAAUGUCCUUUUAACUUAAUGCCAUCCUUUCUGCCUGUUAUCUAUCUGCUGCUUCAACCUUGAUUUGAAAUGAAUAAAAAAUCCAAACCGCAGGAAA